UGCAGCCGAAUAAAUAAAUGGAAAUUACGCAGUUUUCGUAGUAAUUGUAUCUUUAAGAUUAGAUAGCUAGUGACAUACAUACAUCAGUAGAUUAAAUAAAUAUCAUACUAUAUCUUAUUUACAUAUAAUAAAAGUAAAUUUAAAUUAUCAAUAUUUUUGUUUCAAUACACGCAACACUGUGGUCCGAUAGCAGCUGAUGACUUAAGUCGUUUGGGCUAUGGACGACGUCGAAAUUCAAAAGACAGGGAAAAAGGACAGCAAGUUUGUCUGUUCUAACACCAAAAUUUUAAUUGUAUGUGUUUUCUCUUCCCUUUGUUCUAUUUGCUGUGUUCUUUUCAUGUGGUUGUCUGUAAGCAAGAUUGAACAGAUAAGGAGAGAAUUGCGUACCUUGUCGCAUAGAAGUCGUGAAAUAAAUUCUACAGGCGCAACAGCGGAAAAUAUAAUCAAGAGUGAUAAUGUACUUCUAAAGGAAUCUAAUGACGAGGCAAUGUCAAACAACCAUAGUCUGCAUGGUAAAGAAUUAGGAGGGAGACAUUUGAGAACAAAUAACAGAAUGAAAGACAUUCAAGGUGGUAGUAUGCAACUUGAUACACCUGUACAGCAGCCAACAGCCGUUCAUUAUGUUCCAAUUGGAGUCACAAGAGAUCUUAUCAGUCAAAUAUUUGCAAACAAUGCAAUGUGUGUAAACAGAUGGCAUGGUUUGAUGUGUAGGAAUAAUACAUAUAAGAAUAAAGACUCCAAUCGAAUUAUAGAAUUUUGGCAAAAAGCUCAAUGGACAAAGGCACACAAUGGAGAUGUUCUUUCACUAGGAACGAACGUAUCGAGCCCUGGAAUAUUUACAGUGGAAACUGGAGGAUUAUACCUUCUGUAUUUAAAUGUUCUGAUCAGUGCAACACUUUCUAAACACGACGUCGGUAUAUUUAUAUCGGAUGACAAGAAGUUAGUUUGCCGUGAGAAUCUAGACUAUGUUAGAGGUACCGUGUCUACUAAUUCAAAGGCUAAAACCUGUAGUGUAUCUGGAGUGUUUUACGUCGAACAAAGUCAAACAAUUGCCGUUAAAAUAGUCACCACGAACACAGCAAUAUAUCUCGAUAGCUAUAAUACAAACUUUGGAGCUGUUUUGCUUGCGUAAUGUUUAAUCUCGACUUAAAAGUGCGAAUCUUAUUUUGAUUUUGAAUAAAUGGCUGUAAUGGUGAAUAAUGUAUAACGAUGAUGAUAUAAUAACUGUAUAUUCAUUACUUAACACUUCCUUGUUUGUUAUCCCACAUGUAAAAUUAUUGUGAAAAGAAAGAAGAAUAAACAAAACGAAAAAAUAAACUGAAUACCCAAAUCUUUUUGCGAAACUUUAUUAUGCAACAUUUUAAUCUGAAAUCCUAGUUCAAUGCCAGUAAAAGCGUCACCCUUCAAGCUAAAUUUAUCCGUAUUAUGUGCUAUAUCCGACUUCAAAUAAUUUAUAGUGUCAAGGUAAUAAAAGAAAAGGCGGAAAUCAUAAUCCGGUCACCUGUGUUUACAUUUUGAAUUUAACAAAUCUUAAUUAUACGUUCUUAUGACCUUAUGUAGCCAUAGGGCCUACAUUUAUCUAAGACAUGAAAGUUACUCAAAAUAAUGCACCCGUUUGCAUACAAAAUUUCGGAUAUUUUAUCAUAUGUUUUUACAUUUUAUGGUCAUCAAAAGAAAUCGCGCGACUUUCAAACGAUGUUGAUGUUUUGCGUAAAUCUGUUCAAGACAUUUUGAUAGACAGCAAUAGACCAAUUAAGGAAGAACAUAGAGUCCAAGACGAUGAUGAAGCAGAUAACAUUAUUUCAGAAGAUAAAUAUUUUCGCCAAAAAAGAUUUGCAGGUCAAGGUA